AUGGAAACUGUAUUUUGCUAUAAAUGCAAGUCAAAAAGAGCUAAGGUCAAAACCAGAUUUUUAUCUUGUAUUGAUUGCUUUAAUUCAUAUAUUGAAGGUAACGUUAGAAAGGAAAUUAGGACAGGCCCAAUUGAAAAAUUGAAAAAAUUAAAUAGUGAUUACCAACUUAAAAAGCCUCAAAAAUUGGAGUUUUACGUUGCGCUUGGAUUUGGAUUAUCUUCACAAACUUUAUUGAACUUGUUAUCAGUUAUACCCAACACAGGAAAAAGGCCUGACUAUUGUAUUAAAUCUUUUAUUAAUGUCGAUACGUCUCCAUUAAUAAAUAAGGAUUCUUCGGAAUAUUAUGAAAGUGUGAAUUCAUUCAUUAAAUCGAUUUACAGCCAUAAAGUUGGUGCGAACGAAUACAAAACUACACCAAAAUUACAUAUUAUCCCUUUUUGUUCAAGCUUCACAAGUGGUGAAACUAAAGCUGAUAAAGAAUUAAGACAAAAGAUUAUCGAUGAAAUUAAGUUACAUAUAACUAGGGGCACUGAUUACAUUAAGCUUUUUAUCCAGCUGGUUCUCUUGAGAGAUAUUAAAUUUUACUUAGAUAAAAUAGACAAUUCAAAGCAAAAAUGCCUUGUAUUAGCAUCAACAUCAGAUUCAAUGGGGUCUGAAUCUCUCCAAUAUAUGACAUUGGCCUCUGGUAUUCACAUUAAAUCGAUUUAUGGUCACCUUGACUUUAGGUGGCCCACUGAAAAAUCUGUGUUUUUUUUAAUUCGCCCCUUAAGAAACUUUACUUCAAAAGAAGUUAUACUUUAUUGGAAACUCAAUAUUUCUAAAAUUUUAAAUUGUUCGAUAGGCCCAGAGAUUUCAAUCAACAGAUCUCCAAUUGAAGACGAAGUUUGCAAGUUUAUCGUUUCCCAAAAUGAAAAAAUAUGUAAUAUUACUCAUAUAUUUAUGAAGCUGAAGGAAAACAAUAAUGAACAACAUGCAAUUUGUGGGGAAAAAAAGAAAUCAUUUUGUGCUUUCUGCGGAAUUAUAUGUAUCAAAUUAAUAGAUUACGAAUAUUGUAAAAUAUGUUAUUCACUCCUUAAAAUUUUAAAUAUCUUUAAUUAG